UUUACAAGUAGCUACAACCGCGCUCGCAACGGAAAAAGUUGUCGUAAAACUAUUUAUAGCUUCAACCCGAAGCCGAGAGGUCGUACAUAGUGGUGACACUCAAAACUGUACACCAUAAUACCCACAGCUCAAUGAUGGAAGUUGAAAGCAAUCCACAAAAUCCUUUCCCUGGUACUGAAACAAAUGAAAUCUGUUAAAGGCAUUUGCUGGAAAAAAGAUAUCUCAAGAAACAUAAAUAUUGAUACCACUAAACUAGGUGAUCUCAAGAAAGAACCCAUCAUUGGAACCCUGGAAACUGGUGAUCUCAUGAAAGAACCCAUCAUUGGAACCCUGGAAACUGGUGAUCUCAUGAAAGAACCUGUUACUGGAACCCUGGAAAUAGAUAGUUUGGAGAAUCCGUAGUGAAACCUUAUAAAAACUAGUGAUCCAACAAAGCAGUCUCAUACAUGCACUAAGAACUGGGAAACAUUUCCUAAAUCAGGUGACUUAUCAGUGUGCUGAAUGUCAGAAAACAUUUACACAAUCAGCUAAUCUUCAAGCACAUGUGAAGAUUCACAGUGGAAUCAAGCCUGAAGAAUGUGUUGAAUGUGGGAAGAAAAUUAUAUGCAGGCACACAUGACGAUUUACAUUGGAAUCAAGCCGUAUGAAUGUGGGAAAGAAAUUACACAAUCAGGCCAUGGUGGAAUCAAAGUGUAUUGUGUGUGACAAAACAUUUACACAAACGGUUUAUCUUUAGGAACACAUGAAGAUUCACAGUGGAAUCAAAGCUCAUCAGUGCAUUGAAUGUGGGAAAAAGUUUACACUACCAAGUAAACUUCAGAAACACAUGAAGAUUCACAGUGGAAUCAAUCCUUAUGAAUGUGUUGAAUGUGGGAAAAAAUUUACACGUUCAAGUAAUCUUCAGACACACAUGAGUAUUCACAGUGGAAUCAAGCCUUAUGAAUGUGAUAACAAAUUUACACAUUCAAGUACUCUGCAGGCACACAUGAGGAUUCACACAGGAAUCAAGCCUUAUGAAUGUGUUGAAUGUGGGAAAAGAUUUACACAAUCAGUUUCUCUGCAGUCACACAUGAGGAUUCACAGUGGAGUGAAGCCUUAUGAAUGUGUUGAUUGUGGGAAAAGAUUUACACAUUCAAGUAAUCUGCAGAGACACAUGAGGAGUCACAGUGGAAUCAAGCCUUAUGAAUGUGUUGAAUGUGGGAAAAGAUUUACACAAUCAGUUUCUCUGCAGUCACACAUGAUGAUUCACAGUGGAGUGAAGCUUUAUGAAUGUGUUGAUUGUGGGAAAAAAUUUACACAUUCAAGAAAUCUGCAGAGACACAUGAAGACUCACAGUGGAGUCAAACCUCAUGUGUGCAUUGUAUGUGAGAAAACAUUUACACACUCAGGUGAUCUGGAGAGACACAUGAGGAUUCACAGUGGAAUCAAGCCUUAUGAAUGUGUUGAAUGUGGGAGAAAGUUCACACAUUCUCAUAGUCUGCAGGCACACAUGAGGAUUCACAGAGGAAUUAAGCCUUAUGAAUGUGUUGAAUGUGGGAAGAAAUUUACACAGUCAGGUACACUGCUGACACACAUGAGGAUUCACAAUGGAAUCAAACCUCAUGAGUGAAUUGUGUGUGAGAAAACAUUUACACACUCAGGUGACCUUCAGACAGACAUGAGGAUUCACACAUCAGUCAAGCCUUAUGAAUGUGUUGAAUGUUGGAAACAAUUUACAAGACCAGGUCACAUGCGGGCACACUUGAGGAUUCACAGUGGAAGUCAAGCUUGAUUACUCUCUCUCACUCUCACUCUCUCUCUCUCUCUCUCUCUCUCUCUCUCUCUCUCUCUCUCUCUCUCUC